GGCGAAUAUUCAUAGACCGCUUCUAAAAUGGAAUCAAUUGUAGUACUACGCAGGCGACACCAAGAGAGAAAUUAAUAAGUUCUUUAGACAAAAGAGUGACGACGAGCAUGAAGAAGCUAUAUGAGUUGGUUGUAGUAGUUCUCCAGAAGGAUAAUUGUAUGGUUUGAGUUCAUGAUUGCUGCAGCCGAUGCACGGAAAAUAGAUACUCAAGUUAGUAAUAUUUCAGAGAGCCGUGUACUGGCACAUCGAAAAUGAGACGAAGAAAAGAGCAUGAGCGUGGCUUUAAUUUGUCCCUCCUCGACGUCGUGGGACAUUCACUGCAGCCGUCCUAGGGCUCCGGGGACCCCGAUAGUAAGUACCACAACGUACUAGAAUCAGGUGGACUUGGACAAGAACUACCUCCGGGGCGAAGUCGACGAAAAGAGGAACAGGUGCUGAGAAAGCGGAGCCGCGCUUGCAUUCGACGCUUGUUCUUUCCAAGAACUUAGUAGCAAUCUAGUAAAAAUCUCCCGGUAGAAGAAGUUUUUAUUUUCCUCCACCUAGGCGACCGACCUCCGCAAGAAAACAACCGACACCAGCUUCUGUAUCUUCUUUAUCUUCCCACCCAGUCGAAGUGCCUUUACCCAGCCAUGACGACGGUGAGCGACCUGGACGUGCCCAAGUCCCGGGCGCCCUACAAGAAGAUCGCCGCGGUGCGGUUCAUAUGAUCUGCAAAAUUAUCGUACUAGUAGUAAUUGCAAUACAAAUUAGCUCAGCAUGACAAAUGGAAUUUGUCAUGCUGUUUUGCCUUGGAGUGGAGAUUUGUGAUGCAUAACUGCGAUUCCUACGAGUGCGAUACUUUUGCACAGGAUAGUUCACCGUGCUGUCCCCGGACGAAAUUACCCAGCAGUCGGUGUGUGAAGUGGUGAACCCCAACACCUAUGAGGGCGGGCUCCCCACCUACGGCGGGCUCAACGACCCGCGCAUGGGCCCCAUCGACUACCAGACCCCCUGCGACACCUGCAGCAUGAACAUGGACAACUGUCCCGGGCACUUUGGCCACAUCGUGCUCGCGCAGCCCAUGUUUUCCUGGGGAUUUUUAAAAACGACACUCAGUUGCCUGCGCUGCGUUUGUUACUACUGCAGUCGUUUACUCACGCCCUACGACGACUUGGGCAUCCAGAAGGCGCAACAGUCCAAGAACAUGAAGCAGCGACUGGCGCACGUAUUUGCUUUUCUUUUGAUAUUAGAUUUUGUGUUGUUUGUUCGACUUCGAUCCGACUUGGUCCGAGACGACCUGGAGCUUGUACUGGCGCUACAUAGCCUUGGAAGGGCGACCACGCCGGGACUACAUGCAGCGACUCACGUUUUGCGUUAUUUGCCACCUUGCUCAGCAGUAGUGCGUUCCUCCACAAAGCACAAAUUUGAAAUUUGAUUAUAAUUUAAAACCAUCCACCUGCAGGUAUGCGCUCUUUGCCGAAGUAAGAAGCGGUGUCCGUUCGUGACGGAUCAGCAGGCAAUACAAAACGGGGAAGACCUAUGGAUGUGUCAGAGUUGAAAUCGACAAAGUUGAAAUAACUUGUAAUGCAUAAAAUGCGAUACAAAAUGUGACUCUAUUGCAGAGGACGCAAGGGAGGCAGAUAAUAGUCCUGGUAAGGGUCAACAGUUGAACUGCUGACUAGCAUGACAGAAGGCAGCUCUUUUGCCCUAAACCGCAUGACAGACUCGCUUCCAGGACCAGGAAAAUUUGUCAUGCACCGACUACAAACUGCAGGUCUAAUUGGCAUUCAUUUUAUGCAUGGCAAAUUGUUUCAACUUUGUCGAUUUCAACUCUGACACAUCCAUAAGACCUGGAAGUAAUGGCGAGUGCGACCUCCGGGUGCGGCUAUGCGCAACCAAAAUACGUGCAUAUCAAAUGCAAAAAUGUCUGGGUCUGGAAGAGUCGGGGCUUGUCAUGCACAUUUUGCAUGAUCCGUGAGGUCUGUGAUGCUGGUUCUAGCAUCACAGAUUUUUUGAAAGCUUCUUAAUGCUAAUUACGCAUGAGAAAUGCCCUCUCGCCGUGGCAAAAACUGAGCCUCUUGCUGGUCAUGCAUUACAGAUUUUUUUGGAAUCCGAAGAUAGCAUCACAAGUUACAACCUUCCAGACCCAGACAUUUUUGCAAUCCAUAGUGCAGGAGGGGGCGCAAGUGUUCGUCGUUUUCCCAGAGGACGAGACAGACGAGGGGGAAAACAAGGAUAGAAAACGUAUUUUUAUGGAAGUAGAUACAGAUCAUUUCAUUUUUCGUUUAGUGCUCCAGUACCGUCCUGUGUACCGCGGCACAACUAAUAAUGAAUCCGUGGUGCUUCAAUAUCAUGGCCAACAUCCUAGUAAAAUUUGAAAAACGACCAAAACAGGGCAACUGACUGGGGAGGAGGCGUACCGCAUUCUGAGCAACAUUUCGGACCGCGACAAGCUGGCCAUGGGUUUCAUUCCGGGCAAGUCAGACCCCGCGUGGCUGAUUUUGACCGUCUUUCCCGUCCCACCGCCCCCGGUGCGACCCACAGUUUCCUUCGGCACCGACCGCAGUGAGGACGACCUGACGGCCAAGCUUCUGGACCUGCUGAAGGCCAACCUGACGCUGAAGCAGCAGCUGCAGAUGGGCAGCGGCAAGCACGUGUGUCAGGAGUUCGCGAACCUGCUGCAGUACCACAUCUACACUCUGUGCGACAACAACAUCCAGUCCCUCCCCCAGGCGACCACCAAGUCCCGCAAGCCGAUCAAGUCCAUCCGCGAGCGGCUCAAGGGCAAGGAGGGCCGGUUGCGCGGCCACUUGAUGGGCAAGCGCGUGGACUUCUCGGCGCGAACGGUCAUUGGUGGGGAUCCCAUGUUGGACAUUGAUCAGGUCGGCGUGCCGCGGUCCAUCGCCUUCAACCUGACCUUCCCCGAGCGGGUGACCUCCAUCACCUUCAAGAAGCUCCUUAAAGCGGUCCGCAACGGGCCCACGGAGUGGCCGGGGGCGAAGUUCAUCAAGAAGCCGGACGGGAGCACGAUCGAUCUGCGGUAUACGCACGUCCCCGAGAACGACCAGGAGGCCGCCGGGUUUCUGCAAAUCGGCGACAAGGUGGAGCGGCACAUGGUGGACAACGACUUUGUGGUGUUCAACCGGCAGCCCUCGCUGCACAAGAUGAGUAUGAUGGGGCACCGGGCGAAGAUUUUGCCCUACAGCACCUUCCGCCUCAAUUUGUCUGCGACCAGCCCCUAUAACGCGGACUUCGACGGCGACGAGAUGAACCUGCACCUGGCGCAGAGUCACGAGACCCGCGCGGAAAUCAAGCACAUCAUGCUGGUGCCCAAGCAAAUGGUCUUAUGCAUUGCAAAUAUGUCUGGGUCUGGAAGAUUGCGAGACUUCUCAUGCUAGUUUGGCAUGACUCAGAACUCUGUAUUGCGUGGCCGCGAAGACCUCCUCUUGUCUGUCAUGCAAAAACCAUGUUUCUCAUGCGGAAUACGCAACACAGGGCCACGAGAAAAUCUGUCAUGCUUGGCGGUGCAUUACAGCGCGCUUUCUGUUCACUCACAUGCAUCACAAAUUUCCAGAGUCAGACAUAUUUGCACUUGAUAGGUGUCUCCCCAGGGCAACAAGCCGGUGAUGGGCAUCGUGCAGGAUGCCUGCCUCGCCGUGUCCAAGUUUACCAAGCGCGACACGCUGUUGACCCGGGACGCGGUGUUUUCGCUCUGCCUCACGCUGCCGGACUGGAACGGCCAGGUGCCCAUCCCCUGCAUCCUGAAGCCGGAGCCGCUGUGGUCCGGGAAGCAGAUUUUCUCGCUGCUGUUAAAGCCACGACUGAACGUCACGAAAGACAACGGCGUGGCGGCGAAAAACAAGGGUGACAACGUAUCAAAAGGAAAAAUUCCCCCUCCCCACAUCGAAAUUGAAAUUUGUGGUGCUGUAUUUGAGUACACAAAUCGACUUGUAAUGCUAGAAGGCCAAGAGACGCAGCUGUGGCCUCCUUUGCAGGCAAGUUGUCAUGCUGUUUCCCACUUCCAGCUGCCCCUUGUCAUGCUGAAGAUGCAAGGCUUUCCCAGGCCAGCCAUCACUACAGUCCGCAUCUUUUCCCUUCUAGCAUGACAAAGCUGAUUUGUGGCCACAGAUCUGCAUCACAAAUUUCUAGUUUGACUAUGGGGUGGGGGGAUUUUUCACUUUGAUACAACGCCAUGUUUUCGAAGUCCGAUCACAAGUGCGUGAUCCGCGACGGUCAUAUCCCACAGAAAAAAGCUGGCAGGGCACAUUUGUAAUGCAAAAAUAAAUACACAGGUCAUGGGCGAUCUCGUUGUAGCAUGCUAUGCAAUACAAGUUUUCUUGUCUAUUUAUUUCUGCAUUACAAAUAUGACCUGCCAGUUUUUUUCUGUGUGAUAGGUCAAGUCGUCUGCGGACGGGUGGACAAAAAAAUCGUUGGUAAUUAUUCUGGUCCUGCGGAUUAAUGUGCAUAAUUGAUAGAUUUCGAAAAGCAAAAGAUUAGUGACAUUUCAUUUUAUCAUGACCUAUCGCAAAAAAAUGGAAGACGUCAUGCGGAGAAGUGCUAUUUCUACCGGUCGCGAUCGAAAUUUCAUGCAGCUCUGUGCAGGAAAAGGAAUCACACAACUCACUGCGUUCUUUGAUUUUCCAUCUGAAAGAACCUCUCCUCAUCGACUCAGGUACCCAAUCCGGGGGUGUUUUGCACUUGACCUGGCUCGACCACGGUCCGGAGGCGUGUAAGAUUUUGAUUUCUUACAUCCAAAAGAUGGUAAACACCUGGCUGCUGCACCACGGGUUUACGUGCGGGUGCGCGGAUAUUGUGGCCAACGACGAGACGAUGCAGCGGGUGGCCGAGACGCUGCGGGGCGCGAAGGACAAGGUGGCCGAAACGGUGGCCAAGGCCCAGCGCGGAGAGUUGGACACGCAGCCAGGAAAAACCAUGCACCAAUCCUUCGAGCACGCCGUGAAUCAGUCCCUGAACAGUGCGCGCGAGGAGGCGGGGCGAAUCGGUAUAAUAGAGAAAUUUUUCUGUAGCUAAGUGAUGCUGGUGUCUCUUCGUGUUUAUGGUUUUUGUCGCAAUUACUAGAAUUAUUCCUGCUUGCAUGCAGAAGUAGUUGUACCGAAGUAGUGCCGCCGGUGUAUCGAAGGAGCCGCACGGUGCUGCUCGUUGCAAGUUCUGAAUACAGAGCAGAUGCAGUUGUACCGUGAACAUUACGGAACGCUGAAGCUAAUGAAUUCAAUGUUGAAAGAACCGCGCCAAUAAUAAAAGUUGAAGACGUCGCUCUACUUCUUCCCUACUUCCUCACGAAGAAGAUGCCACCUGUGCAAGGAGGGGAACUACUGCGAUCGACAAAAAUAUUCAAUUCUUCCUUCAUCAUCUGACGCUUUGCCCAACACAUCUUCACAGGUUCCGACUCCCUGGAUGAGCGGAAUAACAUUAUUGCGAUGGUGACGUGCGUAUCAAAUGCAAAAAUGUGUGGGUCUGGAAGAAUAGAAGGCUUGUCAUGCUUGUCUGGCAUGACCCAUGAUGCUUGUAAUGCAUGACCCAGCAUCACAGAUUUUUGGAAAGCUUCCUGAUGCCAUUUCCGGAUGACAAAUGCCCUCCUCGCGUAGCACAAAUGUGGCUCCUCUUCCUGGUCAUGCAAUACAGAUUUUUUUAGAGUCCAAAGUUUGCAUCACAAGUUCCAACCCUUCCAGACCCAGACAUUUUUGCACUCGAUAGUGCGGCUCCAAGGGUUCGAACAUUAACGUCGCCCAGAUUAUUGCCUGCGUGGGUCAGCUAUGAACUGCAAAAGUAUCGUACUCGUAUAAAUGCAUUACAAAUUCCCUCAGCAUGAGAAAUUCAAUUUGUAAUGCUGUUUCACCUUAAGGACACGAUUUGUCAUGCAUAAUUGCAAUUAGUACGAGUGCGAUACUUGUGCACAGGAUAUCAGCAGAACGUCGAAGGGAAGCGGAUCGCCAACGGCUUCCGCGACCGAACGCUGCCGCACUUUGCGAAAGACGACUACGGGCCGGAGUCCCGGGGCUUCGUCGAGAACAGUUACCUCGCCGGAUUGACGCCCGAGGAACUUUACUUUCACGCGAUGGGUGGUCGCGAGGGAGUGAUCGACACGGCGGUGAAGACCUCCGAAACCGGGUACAUUCAGCGCCGGCUGGUGAAGUCCAUGGAAACGCUGAAGGUGCGAUACGACGGCACCGUCCGGAACGACAAUGAGGACAUUGUGCAGUUUUUGUACGGGGAGGACGGCAUGGACGCGGUCUACAUUGAGGACCAGGAUUUGGAUCUGAUCAAGUGGUCCCACAAACAGGUGGACGACAAGCUGCGCAACAACCACGAAUCUCUAUCAAAUGCAAAAAUGUCUGGGUCUGGAAGAAUGCAACUUGUGGUGCUACAUUUGGAUUCCAAGAAAAUCUGUAUUGCAUGAGUACUAGCAAAGGGAAUGCAAUUUUUUCUACGCUGAGAAGACAUUUGUCAUGCGGAAUAGGCAUCAAGAAGCCCUCAAAAAAUCUGUAUUGCUAGGGUAUGCAUCACAGACAUCAUGGCUCAUGCAAAACGUGCAUGACAAGUGUCAGAAUCUUCCAGACCCGGACAUUUUUACAUUUGAUAAUCCCCCGACUACGGCAAGAACUGGCUGCUCGGCGACGACAACAGCCUCUGGCUCAAGGAGCUGCAGGAGGGGCGGCGCACCGCGGACCGAAAAAUUAUGGACGAGGAGUACGAUCGGCUGAAGAACUACAAGCGCAAACUCUGCCAGGAGAUCUAUCCGGAUGGCGAGGCGAAGCAGCACUUGCCGGUUCCGAUCGACCGACUGGUGAAGACAUCGCAGAUGAUCUUUGAGCAAGAUCUGAGAACGGAAGCAGGCGAUCUGGAGUACUACACGCCGGUGCAGAUCAUCAACAAGGUGAAUGCCCUGAUGGACUCCCUCCAGACCAUUAAGGGGUUGGACGAGUCGGACGAGCUCGGUCUGGAGACUUUAAACAACAGUAUGAUCGUGCUUAACGCCCACCUGCGCACACGGUUAAACAGUCGACGCGUGCUCGAGCAGGACAAGCUGACAAAACGGUCCCUGGACUGGCUCCUCGGGGAAAUCAAGGACAAAUUCGAACGGUCGCUGGCGCAAGCGGGCGAGAUGGUCGGGACCAUCGCUGCGCAGUCCGUCGGAGAACCGGCCACACAGAUGACACUAAACACCUUCCACUUUGCCGGGGUAUUUAGUGGAUGUUUACUUUUGGUUUUUCUUGCCUCAUUGGUUCUACCCCUGCAGGAAAAAUUUUAAGUUGUUUUGACGAUGCUCAUGCUGGUGUUGGACAAAUGUUCUCAAGAAGUAAGUAGCAGUAGGCGCGUUCAAGAAUGAUAAUAUGUCACCGUCGUGGCUCGUCGCCCCCGACCGAGUGCACCCCCGUCGUGGUGCAGGCUGCUGUCGUUCCACCUGACUAUUCUAAUACAAUUUUCAAUGAUACUGAAAUAUUUCUCAACAGGUUGGGUCCAAGAACGUUACCCUUGGCGUGCCGCGGUUGAAGGAGAUUAUCAACGUGGCGAAGACCGUGAAAACCCCCUCGCUGACCUGUUAUUUAGUCCCCGAAGUGUCCAAAUCCAAACAGGCGGCGAAAAAUGUCCAGGCGCAUAUCGAACACACCACUCUCGAGAAAAUCACCAGUUUUUCACAGGUAUAAAAUUUGUAGAUAGUAUGCAAGAAAAAAACCGUGUAAGUGUAACUCUGUGAUGCAGGACAUGCAACAGAGUUACACCUGUCAUGCCAGACAGCCAUGACGUCCUCUUUUCAUGUGUGUUUUCCCUUACAGGUCACGCAUGACGGGUUUUCUCUGUCAUGUACAGCAAAUUUGUGAUGCUGUUAGCCAUAGAAAGUUAUAUCUUCCCUUUGGGAUUUUAGUUUUCAAUAUACUAACACAGUUUUUUUCCUGGAUAGAUAGUUCUGUUCAUUUAGUACAGCAGAAGCAGAUGCAAUCUAUCGAUGCAAUUUCAUAGUACAACACUUCUUGACCGUUUGAUAUAUAUUUCCGUGCGAGUGAUUUGGAUUUUGUGACGUAAAUGGCGGACGAAGAUGCGACCAAGAUCUGCAUCUGUCCCUUGCGCUUCCUUUGUGAUAGAGGGCCAGCUAAACUGUAGAAAAUAGAGAUCUACUUUUUGGGGUGGAUUCGAAACAGAUUUUUGUUUUGAUACGUUUUUAAAAAGAGACCGCUCGCAUUUCCUCUACUUGUUCUCGCACUACAGAUCUUUUACGACCCUGAGCCCGACCAAACCAUUGUGCCCGAGGAUCGCGAAUGGGUGGGCGAGUACUACGAGCUCCCCGACGAAGAAGACAACCGGGACCGGCUUUCUCCCUGGGUGCUCCGCAUCCAGCUGGACAACAAGGUGAUGACGGAUAAGAAACUCUCGAUGCGCGAGGUCGGCGAGCUAUCCUGUGCAAAAGCAUCGUACUCGUACUAAUCGCAGUCAUGCAAGACAAGUUUCUUGUUCAACCUAAGUGAGCAUGACAGAUUCCAUUUGUCAUGCUGAGCUGAUUUGUAUUGCAAUACUACGAGUGCGAUACUUUUGCAGUUCAUACGAGCGCAUCAUCAACGACUUUAUGGGCGACUUGAACUGCAUUUUUACCGACGACAACGCGGACGAACUGGUCCUGCGCCUCCGUAUCGUGAAGGAGCAAAACGCGGGGGACGAUUUUGACGACCUGCAGCAGGCUGCGGAGGAGGAUGAGGAUAAGGACUGCCGGUUCCUGAAGAACAUAGAGCGGGACAUUUUGAAGGAUAUGGUGCUGAAGGGGGUCCACGGCAUUCGCAAGGUGUUCAUGCGGGAAGAGAACGUCGUGAAGUACGACGAAACCACGGGCGAGUUCCCGCGGAGGGACCGAGCGGAAAAGGAGUGGCUGCUUGACACGGAGGGGUGCAAUUUGGAGGAAAUCCUGCAGAUCGAACAGAUCGACGCCAGGAGAACCACCAGCAAUGACGUUGUGGAGAUCAUGCAAGUUUUAGGUACAACUGCUACUUACUUUUUAUAGAACAAGCAACUUUUCAUCUUCUACAAGGAAAGUGUACAUCAAGAAUGCCAGCAGCCUCUGUGCACGCCUCUUCACUACAUCUGGCGCGCAUGUAUCUUCUUCUCACGUGACGAAAGGAAGGGGUAUUUCCAGUUCUGGAAAUACAACGUGGAAGAACAAUCCAACGUAUGUUCGGUACAAAAGAAAAGGCUUUAUCAAUUUACAAUUAUUCUGCGUCCAGCACAUAAGAAUGAACCCUCCUCAACACCUCAGGCGUCGAAGCGGUGCGAAAGAAGCUACACGACGAAGUGAAGGCGGUCAUUUCCUUCGACGGCGCCUACGUGAACUACCGGCACUUGGCGGUGCUGUGUGACACCAUGUCAAACCGCGGGCACCUGAUGGCCAUCAGUCGACACGGCGUGAACCGGGCGGACCACGGCCCGCUCAUGAAGUGCUCGUUUGAAGAAACCGUGGAAAUGUUGAUGGAAGCGGCCAUGUUUGGACAGGUAGAAAAAUCUUCUUUCACUGAUAUUUUCAACUAGGCUACUAUGAAAUGUAUACAUUACAAGAAUCACGUCGUGUACAACCACAGCUUUGUACUACGUACUUCUCUUUACACGACGAAACGAAAUUUUGGUAUCGAAAAGUAGACUUUAUUAUGUGAGGUAGAUCGACAGGCUGAAUGAAGUAGUAUGGUGGAACCGUGGAAGGAAUUUUUGUCAUGAAAUGAAUUGAUGCAAUUGGUUUGAUUUUGAAACAAACUUCCAGGUCGACCACUGCAAGGGCGUUUCCGAGAACAUUAUUCUCGGGCAGUUGCCGAACAUUGGUACCAACGAAUUCGACAUUGUCUGCGAUACGGAGAUGAUGGUACGAGGGCACGCGACUAUUAACAAGCAAAAGAAGCAGGCCAUCGCCGAUGACCAGUGGAACGACGAUUUCGGCAACCCGGCCCGGAAGAAAUUUAAGCCGGACACAAGCCGACUGGGCAAGCAAGAAAAGGACCUCCAGGAGGAACUGAAGCAGGAAGAAUUCAGAAAUCAGCAGACCCCCGUCAUGUUCGGGCAGGACUUUACCCACCAAAUGGACGAAGACGAGCAAAGGAAAAAGCGAGCGCAGAAUAUGCAGCAAUUCGGAACAUCAGGUAUAUAAUUGCAUACUUGACUUCAUCUUCUGGAAGCCGUGUACUUACGUAGUACAACGCAGAUUUUUGAUGUUCGUGUACUUACUCGAUUGACAUUUUUACAAGAACAAUGCGCUUUCAUCUACAUCUUGCGAUAUUAAGUUCUUUGCGUUUAUUUGCUCCUUUGUCAACGUGCGCUUGGCGCAGUGGAGUGCGCGUUUCUGAUGCAAGUGGUGCGUGAAGAUGCAAAAGUACAUCGAAUGAAUGAUACACCAACAACUACAGCGAUGGUAGACGACAAUGCGGACGAUGUGAAUUACCGGUACGACAACCUGAACGUGCGGCCGGAAUUAUCUUGAGUAAAAAUGUCCCCACCCCAGAGUUGUCAUGUAGAUCUGCAUGCCAAAAAAGUUUGUCACGCGGAGCGCCAUGAGAGGCAUUUUCUAGUCGUGUUUUGGAUUUUGUGACGCUAUAUAUAAUCAGCAUGAUAUACUAGAUCUGUGAUGCCGCUGAACUACCUAAACAGGAUCACACUACGAGGACAAAUUUGUCAUGCCAAACGACCAAAGCUGGCUGAUUUGUGUAGCAGGUUUCCCAUCUUGACUCUGGUGUGGGGACGUUUUUACAAAUGAUAGGAAUUCUCGCCCGGCAUGGGCGAGAACAGCAUGGCCUCCUCCGGCAUGGGCUCCGCCCGGGGUUCCGGCUACCAGAUGUAUUCGGGCUACCAGCAGCAACGGUCGGGCGGCCUGGACCGCAGUUCCGGGUUUCGGUUCGCCAACACGAUGGGCAUGCAGAGCAGCAGCCACGACCAGCAGGGUGGACAGCCGAGUCGCCACAGCAGCCCGGAUAUCAAACGUAAAAAUGUCUGGGUCUGGAACAAAACAACUUGUCAUGCUAAAUCUGAAUGAUGUAAAAAUCUGUGUUGCAUAAUUACCAAAAGCUGUCCAUUUUUAACCUAAUCGAGAGGCAGAUUCUCAUGCAGGAUAGGCAUGAUAGAACUCUCACAGAAUCUGUCAUGCUAUGUCCUUCAUGCCAGAGCUCGUGGGUCAUGGAAAACCUGCAUGACAAGUCUGGCAUUCUUCCAGACCCAGACACUUUUGCAGUUGAUACCGGGCAACCAGCAGCACAGCAGCCAAGCCUCCGCCCCCGGGCGGCGGGGCCGCGCCAACCUCCCCGGCCAGCAGGUCGGUGGCGGGGGGAACCGCAGCCGGCCGGAGGACUUUUCCGGCAGCCCCAGCAGCGGCAGUGGCCACGCGCGCGGGCAGGGCAGCGCCAGCGCGGGAUCCGCGGACAUGGAUCUGGGGAAUAACGAUGUGGACCAGUCCGCCAGAAACACCGGCAGGGGCUACAGCCGCCCGGACUACGAUCGGCGACGGUGAAGAGGGUGCUGUCGCAAUAAACACGACGAAGGGACGAGGAGAUUCGGUUGGUCGCUGCUGGAAGUUAUAGGGACUUUAUGUCGUGCUCUUGAGCUCGAAUGAGCAGGAGGGACUUGUAGGCACAACAACAAUGAAUUAUAGGAUACUACGGGUUUUUUCAAAACACGACUGCAAGAAAUAAACUCGCCCACUUUAUUGAUUUACCGCGAGGACGAGAAGUUGAAGUUGUUGUACUGAGCGCCUCUUCUACGGGUACGACUCCGUACUGGUGGUGUUUCUAUACGUGUCAACCACUUCUAGCUGAAGAUCCGUGACGAGGACGAGCACCUCUUCCAAAUAAGCGGUUGAGCUCCUGUAUAUCGUUUGUGCAACUACUCUUCCUCGCGACCUCCGUGUGCGACACCUGCGGUGGCCGUUGCUGGCCGAAAGGAUCGUCUGUGAAGUAGAUUCAUUUCGUUUCAUAUUAUUUAGACGCAUUAAUAAGUAAUUUUUGUUCCUAAAACUUCUAAAACCAUACUAAAGAAUCUGAAACCAUAAAAUUCGUUCAUCAGAGAGUAUCUGUACUUCGCUGCAGCAUCUCUGGUUCAUCUAGUCGACUUUUAUUCACGCCAAAUGUUGACGCGCCAGAGCAGCAUGUGAAGAAGUAGACCCAGGGCGGCUGUUGUGAGAACCCAGCAAAGAUUCUGGCACCUUACAAAGCGCCCUGGUGCUGGAUCCUGUUUCCGUAGUCUCAAUAUAUCGCACUUAUUUUUCGUUUAACUUCACUUCCUGCUUUCGCGAGCAGGGGAACAAUCUUUUUAUCAAAGUUACCGUCUUCAACAAUGCAAUAGAAAAACACGAAUUCCUCGGCCCCUCCGUGGCCGGUGGGCAGAAGGCGUCGGACAAAAGUUUUAAACAGGAUUAGUCGAACGAAAAGGUCCUCAGCAGGCUGUUUUUAUUUGAAACGAGCGCUGUUGAUGUGGCAGCAUGGGAAACUGCGACUGCAACUGAAACUACGAACAUAUUCUAUGCAACGUCGUGUCACAACUGUCACCUCCGUGUCAAAGAAAGAACCAGACUCGUAGUUUAUUUCGAGUUGCAAGAAGAACCGGUGGUCCCUCCAGGGACUACUUAUCUAUGAUCCUGCUCAACAUCUUCGAACACAAGUUUUUCAAGGAUACUAGUUUAUGAAAGCGAAAAAAAUAAAGAAGUAGAACCCCUGCGCCUGCGCAGUGGUCGUCGAAGAAUCUUCGACGUAGAUAAAGUUCUGGACGAUGAAACAAGAGGGUGUACUUAUGAGAUUUUUCCGGAACAAGAAGAAGAAUCUUUCAGUUCUUAUUUCCUCCUGUACGAUGAAGUGGAUGUGGAAUGCGACGAGAAUUGCAAAAAUUUGAUCAGGACGCCGAACAAGCUGG